AUGUUCCUUUCAAAAUAUCCUUUCUAUCUUGUGCAGUUUGGCGGUGAAGACCUUAAGCUCGGGAUUUACGGGAUCGCGACGCUGGACGCUUCGUCGUCGCUGUCGAAGGACGAGUUUGCCCACGUAGAGUUGGGCAUCGUAGUGGCGCUGGAUAUCGAGGCCGGCGUCUUCAAGCUCGAAUCCCAGCUGUCGCCGCGGUCUUUCGUGCUGGCCGAGGUAUGCCCUGUGGCAGGUGUAAUCGCGUUCUACUCGUGGUUCAAGGCGGACACGUCAAAGAACAUUGUGGCAGGAGACUGGGUCCUAUCUCUAGGAGGAUAUCACCAAGCCUUCAAAGCGCCGGCCAAUUACCCACGGCCGCCGCGGCUGGGGAUUAACUGGUCCCUGGAUGCAAGCCUGAGAAUCACCGGCGUGGCUUACUUUGCCAUCACGCCCAAGAUCUGCAUGGGCGGCGGCAGGUUGCACGUCGCCCUGAGCCUCGGAAAGCUGUAUGUGAUGGUCGAGAUUGGGUUCAAUCAGGUAGACAAGCUCUAG